GCGCGUGGAGUCAAAUUCCUGAACACGUAGGAGCGUCUCACGUUGGUCCAGCACGACGCACGAAGGACGCACGCAAGACGCAGGGACGCAGGGAAUAACGGAUUACACGCGGACACAUCGAUCAAGAGAUUAACAACGCUAAAUUCUUCAAGCAUGGAAGAAGUCGAGCUUGUUAGGCGUGUAGUCAGGCAUCUUUUGUUCCGAUAGUUAACCCAACAUCCGUUAACUUAGUUCUUGCUAGCGCCCAAGUGGAGGAUACGUCCAACGCGCACAACUGGAUGGGUCAGGAAAUGUUUAGUAAAGACAAAGCCGGCUAAAGUUGAAGUGCGUAAAAGCUAAUAAUCUGGACAGAAAUUAGAAUUGACACGAUUUGGAUCUGAUAUGAUGGUCAAUGUAAGUAGUCUGUCUGCGGCUGACGUUUUGGACUAAUCCAGCCGCUCGUGGGAAGAUGUUCGCUGGACUCAUUGGUUUGGAGUGCCACAGUAACUCCCUCUUUCACCUCUGCGAAGUCAAAGAAGGUGGCACUGGCAGGACAUCUGGGUCAGUUGGCAGCACCAGUCGGAAAAGGUACAAGCGACCCGGUUACAUGAGAGGAGAAAGACAACCAGACAACAGCCAUGAUGAAGAUGAGGAAGAAGAGGAGGAGGAAGGGUGUGGUGUCUUGAGGAAUGGGAAGUCUGGACGUCAUGCUAGCAAUGCUAAUGAUGCAACAAAUAUGAAGAACACCAUGAAUCAAGCUAAUCAGCUUUCAAAUAGCGUAUUGCACAAAAACAUGUUUAGUUCCCCUAUAUCUACACAUUCCACUAUGAACUGCAAUGGCACAUUAAAUAAUAUGAACUCACCCAUUUUGAAAUCUGAUAAGACAAUCCCUAAAUCACCAUCUUCUGAGAACCCUUUUAAUUCAAGUUUUAGUUUUAUUCAGCAGUCACUCAAUUGUAGCCAAGAUUUUAACACUGCACCUGAACCACUAAAUGAUACCAUGAUGAUAGCUUCUUUGUCAAUAGACCAGUCAAAUCACCAAAAUCAUGUAUACUCAUUGCCAUCGGAGAAAGAGGACCAUAAGUUUUGGAGAGAUGGUCUAUGGAGCCCCAAGAGAGGGGGGGUUACUGGGUCAGAUCUGCCCGAUAUCGAUGCUCGUUCCGUGGAUACAGAGAUCACGUCGUCCCUGUCUGUGGAUUCGGACACUGCCUCGGCCUCCUCGGUCACCUCUGGAUAUGAGAGUGCCACUCCUGUCUCCACAGAGCAGGGCUGGGAGAGUCUGGUGAAGAAAUAUGACGGGGUGCUACAUGAGUGUCUGCAGAACAACCGCACACACACCAAGAUCGAGUCUAUGAUGUUGAAGCUCCAGAGGCUGCAGCAGAAAGCAAUUCAGGAAGACGACUACGAUGCAGCGGAGAGGUUUGGGAAGAAGUUGGAGGAGUUGUGUCGGGAGAGAGGCGCUCUGAGGCUGGGUUUACCUUCCCGUCAGCCCACCGUGGCGCAAUUCCUCCAGCGGCUCAGUUUGGUGGUCAACGGCGCCCUCCAGAGGACAGAAUGUGCUGCACAACACAGGGAGACUACAGUGUCAGAAGGAGCAGAACCAAGUGAGUUGUCCCAGGAUCCUGUGCAUCGUAGAGAUCGACUAAUCCAGGAAAAACGUCUGGUGGAGAUGGAGAUGGCUGAGCUGCAGCAGAGGUUGUCGGCACUAGAGCAGAGAAGGCAGAGUCUGGAGGAGCAGAUCCAGGACCAGGAGACUGCAUCUGAGGGUCUGGAGACCUUAGUCCUAAAGACCUACAGCCCCCCACAGCUGCAGGACCUCCACCAGAUCCUACAGGACCUCCUCUCAUCACAGGACCGCAGUCUGAUCUCUGUGUCCCCCCCACCCUCUGUCCUCAGACUUCAAGAGCAAGAACAAGCAUCAAAUCUGUCCAUAAAGGAAGCUACAGCAAAAGUGGUGAUGAGUCAGAGGUUGGGCAGCAGUCUGAGGAGGAGAGUCAGUGAGACAGAGACCCAGCUCCUGGCGCUGCAGGAAGCCAAACUGGCCGCUAUCUCAGGUAAUGACUUCGGCAGUGCCAAAGAGUUGAAGGCGGAGAUGAGGGCGGUGAACCAGGAGAGGGACCGUCUGGAGGGACUGACCCGCAGACUGCAAACCCUGAGCUCCAGCAGCAGUGAGGAGCUGAGGAGACUGAAGGAGCAGAGAGGGCAGCUGAGACAGGAGAGGGAGAGCAGGCAGGCACAGCACGAAAUUCAAUUGAAGGACAAUGCCACCAAGUACAUGGAGCUGCUUGAGGACAGACUGCAGAGUUAUGGCUGUCCUGGUCUGGAGAGGAUUUGGGAGGCAGACCUUGAGGCGUGUCACCUGUUUUUACGAGGACUUCAGCUUCGAACGGCGAGUAUCAGCGGAUCUGAAAACCCCGUGCCCUCAAACCUUUCAACUCCAACCCCACCCGGCAUCAAAGAAGAUGAGGAAGAGGAGGAGGAGGACUGUGCUAUGCUCACUGCUUUAGGGGGGCGCUGGUGUCCCGAAGCCAACCUUCAAAACUCAGAGUUCACAAAGAAACUGGAGGAGUUUUUGUUUUGCGUGGAGGACAAUGCCCCAGAGGACGGGUGCAGUGAGGCGGGUGGAGCAGACCUGACGGAGCAGUGUGAACUCAUCAGUGACCGCCUUAUGACUCUGGAGGAGGAGCUGCAAAUGGCCAUCCACAACCGGGACCAAGCUCUAACUCAGUCGCUGGAGAAGGAGGUCCAAAAUGUGAAAGCCACUUUACAAUCGAUGCUCGCUCAGCUCCAAAAAGACGAAGAGGAGGAAGAUGACGAAAUAAAUAAGUUGGAGGACGAUGACCUUAUGGAAAAUGGGCUGGAGGAGGAGGAGGACCAGUACUUUAGCGACAGUUGGGACAUUUGAACCGGGCUACUGCAUUUUCGUUCUGGGAUUUAUUAACUGCACCCACAUCUGCUCUCCACGUACCAGACAACUCCCACAACACAGCCAGGAAAUGUCAAUAAGUUCAACUAUUUCAAUCAAUACAAAGAAAGCAUUUUUAAUACACAAGAGAUAAGAACUUUGAAGCGUAAAUGUGAGCCUUAGGGAGAGAUCAACAGUUAAUCCCUUAUUAAAUACAGAAAUGCAAAUUGUAAACAUCCUCGGAGCAAAACCACUUACCUUGUGUGCCUUGUAUUACUGCAGUUUCUAUAUUAUAAUUAUUUUUCACUUUUGUAAAUGGUUGACCAAUGUUUUGCGAGCGUUGUCAUUGCAUGAAAUUUAAUAUUAGCAUUCCCCCUUUAUUUAUGUUAAAACUUUAAACCUUAAGCACCUGCAAAUACCUAUCUGUCAGGUUAGAAAUUUAACAAAUACACAUUUCUAACUUACAGCCAUUGUGUAGCUUCACUAUUGCCUACACGUGUAAGUAUUAUCUUUCACUUUUCUAACUAUUUGUACGUUUGUUUGGUUGUGAUUAUUAUGAUUUUGUUAUUUAUGUUUAAAAGUCUUAAACCCUGAAGCACAAGCUAAAGACCAAUCUGAAGUAUAAUUUUCCAGAGCACUAAAUAUCUGUGUUUUUUUAUUACAUUUUUGCUUUCGACCAAUCGAUGUCGACAUUAUGCUUCAUUUUAAAGAUGCACUAUGUAACUUGAGAUGUUUUUGCUUAGCCUGGAAUGUUCCAUAGUACAGCUUUACACUUAUUUAAACGGUCACAAGCAGAUGACACCACCACCACGCCCAGUUACAGGUAAGAUCUGCGGUAAGAAAGGCGGUGUAUUUUUAGCAAUAUAAAUAAUACAUGUAAAAAAGAGAAGCCACACAUUUCAGGCAAAGUAAUAUCGCCAUGGAGACAAAAAGAAAAGUUACAUAUUGCAUCUUAAAGUAAAUCUUCCACUGUUGUUUUUGUUGUUUUUUGUUGUCUGAUGGGCUGGUUUCUUAACAAUACACCUUAACAAAAUGUCUAGUCUCACACAUUUUUUCGUACAAUUUUAAAACCAAA